GACAGUUCAAUCUCGUGGCAUCAAAGGGGAAUCAAGAGAAUAAAGACCUUGUAAAGGCCAGCGCCGACAACAAAAGUUCCCGAUUACGACAAUAGCUACAGCGCAAAAAGAAUCACUACCAAGUAUCGGAUUGUUUGACGAAUCACGAGUUAAUAUUGCCGAUAUAUCGCGCCAACGGCCAACAUAUCCAACCUGUGAUAGCCUCAACGAGUUUGGAAUAAGAGCCGAUCCGAACCUGAAACCUACAUAAUCAAGUCACGAUGCCGCCUCGAAUAAAUAUUCCGCCGGUUACACGUAUCCUUCUCAUCGCUCUACUAGGCCAGUCCAUCCUCAGCGCUGCCAUAAGAUAUCGGCAAUGGACUGCCAACGCAAACAUCGUCAUUCCCUACUUGACUCUGGUGCCGCAGUUGUCUAUUAUCUAUCCCUGGACGUUCAUAACAUCAACUUUUGUCGAGAGUAAUGUGUUUACGCUCGGUAUUGCUGCUGUAACGAUAUACCACGGAGGACGAUAUCUCGAAAGAGCAUGGUCAUCGGCUGAGCUGGCCAAGUUUGUCGCUAUUGUAUCGCUGGUUCCAAACUUCCUGACACUCUGCGUUAUGGUGCUUUGCUUUACGCUUACACGUAAUGAGAACUGGACCCUGACUGUCAUUGCUGGAACCAUUCCCGUUCAGAUUGCUUUCCUCGUCGCUUUCAGCCAACUCGUCCCAGCGCAUACUGUAACCCUCUUCCGCGGCGUCAUAUCUCUCCGAGUUCCUCGAUUUCCUCUCAUCUACAUCGGCGCCGUUUUCCUUCUCUCUCUUACGCCUCUCCUUACCAGAGCUGCUUUGUGGCUUGCCAUCUUUGGAUUCCUGACCAGCUGGACCUAUCUCCGAUUCUACAAGACUGUGUUCCCCGACCUCGACUCGGCACAAGACGCCUCCCUCCGCGGUGAUGCGAGCGAGACAUUUGCGUUUGCCGAGUUCUUCCCUGGCCCGGUGAAGCCAUUCGUCGCUGCCAUCGCCGAUCAGAUCUUCCUGGUGAUGGUUGCCAUGAGAUUGUGUACGCCUUUCACACCGGCAGACGCCUCUCGAAACGACAGCCGGAUCCAACGGACUGCCCCUGGAGGCGCUCGCGCAGAGGCCGAGAGGAGGAGAGCCAUUGCCCUCAGGGCGCUAGAUCAGAGACUACAUGCCGCUACAAGCAAUCAGCCAGCGCAGAAGCCAGCGCAGACAAACCGGCCGACAGGUCCAACAGUGCAAAGCCAGCCUCAGCCGGCUACACAGACUGCCAUGACAUCGUCACCCGGCCCCAUGCUUGGCGAGACCAAGUUCGAGCCUGAUCAUGACGAUGCGAAGAGCUAAAUUCUGUCUUAUUUUCAAGAGUAACAUAUAGCCAUUGUGAUAUGGGAGGGUCGUAAUGUGCCUUGUACGGUUUAAUUCGAGCCCACGUUGUUGGAGACAAAGACUGACCGUAGAUGCAGAGUCGCCAGCAACGAUUUUGAUAGAUGAAGAGUUUGACGAUUGGCAUUGCUAGUGGAGCUCCGGUGUUAUGAUGGUUUUCUGGGCUUUCCUUUGCAGUCUGGUCUGGUCAAGUCCUGAUUAGGAUGUGGUGGGAUGGACUGGUAUGCACGAGGAAUGUUUGGUUCAAGCUACUUAGACAUGAAUAUCAAGAUAAGAGUAUCAUGAUUGUGG